AUGAAAAAUUCUAGUUAUUCAUUAUUAAAUAGUAUUUUUUUUAAAACUCAUCAAGAACUUCAAACAUUACAAAAUGAUUUUUUGAAUCUUCAAAUACAUUUUGUAAAUUUUAAUUAUAAGAAUUCUCAAUUAGAAAAUUAUAAUGAAAUUUUAAAAGAAGAUGAAAAUAAUGAAAAAGAGAUAUGCUUACAAGCUUUUAAAUUUAUUUAUAAAAUUAGAUCUACAAAAAUAGAAAAUAUUAGAGCUCAUUUAUCUCAAGAAGAUAUUAAAGCUAGAAUUUAUAAAUCUACAGGAAAAUCUAGUCAUACUGCAAUACCUUUUUUUACAAUUAUAAAAAUAAUUAAUUUUAUUUUAAGUUAUGCUAAUAAAUGGGGACUUCCAUCACCAA